AUGGCAGGCGUGAAUGGAGACCGGAAAGGGAAGAAAGAUGACAACGGCAUCGGCACCGCCAUCGACUUCAUGCUUUCUAAUGCGAAGCUUGUUUUGGGCGUCGGCGGAGCAGCCAUGCUUGGCAUCGCAACGCUGGCUGUCAAAAGAAUGUACGACCGUGCCAUCAGCGCUCCGACCAGCCCCACCAAGAUGGAGCAAAAAGGAAAGCGAAGCUGGGAGGAGCCCGCCUGGGUGGGCUCGUCACCUCGGGUCCUGAACCACGACAUGAAGGCCACCGUUAGCAGGUCCCUCCAGUGCCUGCCCACCUCCUCAAAUUCCUUUGAAUCAGACUGUAUGCGGAGGGCUGUGGGUCGAGCGGCCGCCAAAGGCAGUGGCGCCACUCAGUCAGACCUGCUGCGUGCUCGGAUGCGUCUGUCCCUGCAAGAGCGGCUGUGGGAGUUCUACCAGAACAACGUGGACAUCCCCAGCGAGGAGCAGGCUGUGGCCCGGAGGGCAGCGCUGGACAUCUGCGCUGAGCUCCGAGUGUUUCUCCACGCCAAACUGCCCGACAUGCCUCUCAGAGAGAUGUACCUGAGUGGCAGCCUCUACGAUGACCUACAGGUGGUGAUGGCGGACCACGCCCAGCUCAUGGUGCCUCUAAUUCUGGAUAAGAACCUGUGGUCAUCCAUCCCCGGGGAGGACACCAUCAUGAAUGUUCCAGGUUUCUGGCUGGUCCGCAGGGAGAAUUUGGAAUAUUUCCCACGGAACAGCAGCUACUGGGACCGCUGCAUGGUUGGCGGUUACCUCUCCCCUAAAUCCGUCCUGGACGUCUUUGACAAGCUUGUGGGUUCCGUCAACUGGCCGGCUAUUGGCAGCGUCCUGGACUACGUCAUUCGUCCCGUGGUCCCUUCAGAGACGCUCACCCUGGAGGUGCAGUACGAGCACGACAGAAAGCUUUACGUGGACUUCCUUCCGUUACUCGUGAUGGAGGACGGGACCUCUCUGAUUGCCAAACCGCAUCGGCUGGCCGCCGAGCGCCACCAGAACCUGUGGCGGCAGAGCUUCCGCGUGGCUGAGACGGCGCGGCUCAGGGCCCUGGAUCAAGAAGAUGGAGGCUACCGAUGCGCUUGCCUCAAGGUGGCCAAGGCUGUGUGCAAGCUCAACCCCACCCUCAACCGGCUCAAUGCCAGCCAGCUCACCAAUGCCAUCUUGCUGCUGAGUGAAAAACAAAACGACUGGACCCACGAGGCCCUGGCGGACAACUUCCUGCAGCUGCUGAAGGAGCUGGUGGGUCACUUGGAGGCGGGCCGACUGCCCUGCGUCCUCAACCCAAAGGUGAACUUAUUCUGCGAGCUGACCGAGCAGGAAGUGGAUGAGCUGGGAUACACGCUGUACUGUACGCUCUCGGAGCCGGAGUCGCUUCUGAGGACUGCGGAGACGCAGCUACCACAUCCAUCUUAGAUUUCAUUGAAACUUGAUCAACAUCUGACAACGUGUCCAGGCGAUGUCACUUGGUGUCAAGAUGUCAUUGACUCUCGACGUGAAGCCGGUGUUCCGGUGUUCCAAUCAUCGUUUUUAAUCCCACCAUGCAAGUGUGAUGGUGUCUUGCACUGUUGCCAUUCUAUUAAUGAAGUUAGUGUUUGGCCAAAUCAUAUACAAUUAUCUUGCUGAGUUAGAUCUCAGCUCUUUUUAAACUGGUCAAGACAUGGAAUGUAAUGUUGAUUGUCUGUAUGUCAACACAAAAGCCAAUAAAAUGCUGAUAAAUCCGUGCUUUCACCUGAAGAAGCUGAGAAAAGUGACUUGUUUUGCCAGUUUUCUUAGUUCAGUGCGGAAGGAAAGGGUUUUGCAAGAAAACUUCAUUAAUAUGGUGGCCACAUUCAAGACAAACACACGAGGAAAGGUGAAGCGUUUCAGGUGACGCCAGUUGAGUAUCUGCGCUGGCCGCUGAAACGAGAACAAAACAGCAGCAGCGUUUUCUCGCCCCUUUGGCAUGACCACAAACUAUUCCCUCGUGACUGGAGACACAGAGCUGCUCUUUGUUUCACUCUCUCCUCUACUUCCACCGCACAUACACUUUACUAGAUUCCAAAAUCCCGUGAUGAAGGUCUGCAAUCGAUUGUGUUUUUGACAUUUGAGGAAGUGAGAGCGUCACCUGGUGUUUCCUUGUUCCAAUCAAUCUUUACUUUCACGGUAGCUCGUACACAUUCUGGUAUCUUGACUUUGUGGCAUGCCUUGGUUCGCCUAAACUAGGGGUGUCCAAAGUGUGGCCCGGGGGCCAUUUGUAGCCUGGGCUGCAGCUGUUUUGUGUUUUAUGGCGCUCGGCACAUUGGAAACAGAGAAUUUGACAGGAAAACAACAGAAAAUAUGGAAGAAAAGCACAAUCAUUUUAUGAGAAUCAAAUCAAAAUAUUAGGAAAAUCUAAUUAGAAUGAUACAAGAAAAAAAAGUCAUUUUUGAAGAAUAAAGUUGUAAUAUGAGGGGGGAAAAUGAAAGCAAAGAGUUGAAACGAAGAAAAGGACUUUUUAUUUUGUUUGUACUGUGAGAAAAAACAAAACUAAAAUGUGCUGGGGUAAACACAAUCCUAACAAAACACAAACGUUUCAGUCAAAGCCGCUUCCAGACUCCGCCAACUGCGACUUGAUGUCCCUUGUUUGAAAUACUGGUCCAAAGUAUUCUCAUGCUUGUUGUCACGUGUAGCCUUAGGGGUUCAAUUCCAUUGCACAUUUGGUUUAAAUCUUCUCAAGUAAGUCAAUAUUUUUGUAUUUAUUGUAGUAACGUGCACAUCAUCAGGUGCUUUGUUUCGGAUAGUCGGGUUUAUUUUACGUCUUGAUGCGCAUGUAAAGUCUUCCUUUGCAGACCGAGACUGAGUUGUCGUCACUGUGCCACAUUUGUUCUCUUCAUGUUGAGCGAAACCUAAAAGUAGAUGACUACCUCUGUCUGCCGCGUGGGUUCAUUUGUACGAGACAUAUGCCGUCUUGCAUGCUGUGCUUUAUACCCCGCCUCCCCCAGCUUUAUUUUAUUUGAAUUUCCACUUAGGAAAUGUAAAUAAAUGCGACGAGUGACUUUA